AUGAGGCCCAUAAAAUGACAGUUUCAGUGCUGUAAAAGCUAAACCAGUUACUUAUUUAUAUAUGAACGCUUUAUAACAUCUUUAUCUAGUGGUAUUAAAUAAACAUGUGCCUUAAAACUGAGCCGUAAUCAUGUUUUACCAAUUUAACUGGGGUCAUUUUCACUUUGCAUCUUUGUGGAAACAGUAUGUAAGUUAUAGCUUUCAUUCAACCCUUAGCAUAAGUACAGUCAUGUUGGCUGAGCUUGUCAGACCUUUGGAGCAGCAGCGGGAACAGGGCGGGCUGCGCUGUGGUGCGCUUAUCAGCAGGUCAAAGGGCAACGUAGGAGGAAAAAGAGAGGACAGGAGUGUGUUUCAUCUUUACAUGAGUCAGUCUGUAGGAGAGGAAGCACUCAUAUGUUGGACCAGACCUCUGCUUGUUUAACUCUGCCUGUGGAAUGGCGCCAUCAGAGGACAGUGUGAGCAUCUGGAGCUGUAAGCAGGUGGCCCAGUGGCUGCAGGAGGAAGGCUUUGGAGACUAUGUGGAGCUGCUUUGCAGCCAGCACCGCCUGGACGGCCCCAGCCUGCUGGCUCUGACUGAGGCUGACCUGCGUGGACCACCACUUGGCCUCACUGUACUGGGAGACAUCAAGAGGCUGGCUUUAGCUAUCCGCCGGCUCCAGAGACAAAACCAAGCUCAGCUGGAGGAGCUGGGCCUCCAUUCCACAGACAGUCUUACUGCCGGAGUCCCAGUGGGUCCUGCAGAUCUUGAAUGGAGCUGUGAUGGUGCUGACAGGAGGUACGAAAGAGGUAAUCAGCUGUGCAAUGGGACUGAGCUGCGCCUGAGGAACACCGAUAGAUCUAGAUAUAGCUCGGGAGCGGUGCUGUGUCAUUCACACUCCAAUGGGAGGUGUAGGCAGAACCUGGCUGGGAGACUGGACCCUGAGGUGUGGAAGACAGUCAUCAGUUCUGUAUAUGUGUUUUUUGUGUUUGGAUUCACAUCCUUUGUCAUGGUCAUCGUACAUGAGCGUGUCCCGGACAUGAGGACUUAUCCACCACUGCCUGAUAUAUUCCUAGACAGUGUUCCCAGAAUCCCCUGGGCUUUUGCAAUGGCAGAAGCAUGUGGUGUCAUCCUGUGCUACAUGUUCUUGUUAAUCCUGCUCCUGCAUAAACACAGGUCCAUUCUCCUCAGGCGACUCUGUUCUUUGAUGGGAACUGUAUUUUUGCUACGCUGCUGUACUAUGUUUGUCACCUCCCUCUCUGUGCCUGGGCAGCAUCUAAAAUGUGCCAGUAAGACGUACGGUGAUACCUGGGGGAAGAUACAGAGGGCACUGGCUAUCUGGAGUGGGUUUGGAAUGACUCUGACUGGUGUUCAAACCUGUGGGGACUACAUGUUCAGUGGACACACAGUGGUCAUCACACUGCUCAACUUUUUUGUGACUGAAUACACUCCCCGGACUUGGAAUCUUAUUCACACCAUCUCCUGGGUGUUAAACCUGUUUGGUAUUUUCUUCAUCCUGGCGGCUCAUGAGCACUACUCCAUCGACGUGUUCAUCGCCUUCUACAUUACCACCCGCCUCUUCCUCUACUACCAUACUUUAGCCAACACACGUGCCUAUCAGCAGAGCCGGAGGGCACGCAUUUGGUUCCCCAUGUUCUCCUUCUUCGAAUGCAACGUGAACGGACCGGUCCCCAAUCAGUACCACUGGCCCUUCAACAAACCAGCCUUCAUGAAAUCUCUGAUUGGAUAAGGAGUAGGACUGGUAUUCUGAUUGAGGAACUUUUUACCUGAGAUGCUGCUUUUUCUCCUGGUUAUGAAUGUUCUUUGGGAAUUUGUUCCCAUCAUUUUUAUGGUUGGAUGAUCUUUAUUUUGUCAAGUGUUAUAUUUAUAUAAGGAGCAGUUUGGCAUUUUGAAAUAUGCUCUUAGUUAUUUGUUAUCUGAGAGUUGGAUGAGAAGAUCAACACUUUCAGGCUAUAGGAAGGAGAUGGUAAGUGUAGUUUGGCAUAAAGGCUGGAUCUGCCUUCUGUUCUGAGGCAUAUUAAUAGCUUGCUAUAUCUUUAUGACAAGCUAAGAUAUUUGCAUAAGCCGUAAAAAUAAUAAUUCAGAAAGGUGCAAAGUUACAGCUCCUGCCCAGAAAUAGGCUGACACGUUCUGGGUGAAACCACAGUAUUUGAAUAGGCUUAUGGUUUCGUAACUGGGUGGAUUUGGUUAUUUUUGUAGUAAGCCAUGCUACCUGUUAUCCUCUGCUUCCAGUCUUUGUACUAAACUAAACUAACACUGCCAAACCAAAGUAAAGAAGUUUAUUUUGUGGCCUAAACUGCAGGUAUAAUGUAUUUUCAGGACAGUGUUAAACAAGUUCAGACUUUUGCCUUUAAUUAGUGUCUCUAUCAUUCAUUUCCCACAUUGGUGAUGUUAAAGGUUUGUUAGUGGUUAAGGUUGUUCAUCUCACUCAGUAUUAUAAUAAACUGAAAAGGCCUUACUUGUGUAGUUAUAAAACACAGUCCACUGGUUGGUUGAAAUGUUUUGCUUUACAGGGUUAUUUGACACCUCAAACUACUACCAAAGGAGUUUAUUUGUUUUUAAUUUUUUGUUUUUUUGGGAGGUCUGGAUUUCCUACAGUAAAAUAAUUGCACCAUGUUCCAUUUUGCCAAUCAGACCUCAGUAUAAUGACACUUUGGUGAUUCUAUCUGAUUUUACCAUGAUUCAGUCUAAUCUGGUACUAUCUUUUUAUGAACUCUUAACUAUGUCAUGAGCAUAGGUAUUUAUGUUUGGAGCUUUACUGUCAGAUUUUUUCAUUAUUUCAAAAACAUUGAGAUGACAAAGCUUCAAAUACAUAUGGUUUACUUGUAAAGUCUGAUCUAGACCAUGUAUUUUUUUUUUUUACUUUUUUUUUUUUUUUUUUUUUUGUAUUUUGAUGCUUUAUUUGCAAUGCAAGUGAUCUAUCUCUGCCUAUGGCUCAGCAUUAAAAGUUUACAUUAAACCAGAA